AUGCUCUCGCUUUUUGCUCGCCAUAUCGCGUCCCAUCUUCCCGUGCUGCGCACCAAUGUUUUGUCUUCGUCGGUGUUGACUGCGUCCGCAUUCGUUGCGACGCGUCGUACAUUCUUCACUACGCGCCGUAUCCAGCUGCCGGCCGCUGUAUCCAAAAGCGCUUCAACCCCAGCGAAGAAAACCACAAAGAAAACCACAAAGAAAACGACAGCCACAAAAGCUGCUCCAAAGAAGGCGAAAGCCACCAAGGAAGCAAAGUCCAAACCUAAGUCAAAAGCAAUAUCCAAGAAGACGCGCAUGUUUAUAUGUGUCGCUAUAGCACCCAAGAGGGUGCCCAAGUCUGAGCAGCCUCCUUCGCGUCCCCCUAACGGCUAUCUACUUUUUUUCUCGAGGCUCGUCCAAGACCGUAGGAGUGACAUUAAGACUGCUAUGGACACCCAAGAUUUGGCAAAGGAAGCCGCAACUAUGUGGAAUGGCUUUACUCUUGCGGAAAAACAGCCUUACUACAACGAGGUUGAAGUCUUGAAGAAGCAGUAUGAAGAGAAGCUAGAUGAAUAUUGGAAGAGUGCCUCUCCUAAAACGCUCAGGGAAAUCAAUGCGCGCCGUAAACAUGACGGGAGAAACAAGAUUCACCGACCUCAUCAAGAGAAUCACUAUAAGCGCCCUAAGGGGCCUUUCUUUAGAUUCAUAGAACAUUUCCGUCAAUCAGAUGAUGGUAGAGCUAUCCAAGAAGCUGGAGUCACUGCCACAGGUAGAGGAGCUGUCAAUGUUGCUCGUGAGGCCGGUGUACGGUGGAGGGCAAUGAGUCCCUCUGACAAGGCCCCCUAUGUGGAAGCCUACCAGAAAGAACAUGCUGACUGGCAAGCAAACCACCCUAGUAAGAGUGCAUCAUCGUAG